CCUCGCGUCGGGGACGUGUGUGUGAUGUUUACAUGUGUUAUCUCGAGGCAACAUUUUCCUGGUUAAUAACUGCUCUAUUAACUCCGGAUGAAUGGAAUGCCAGGUGCUGUCGCUGCUUUCUGCGCCGGGAUUAGCCCGUCUUUGACCCUGGAAGGCCUGGAAAUGGCUGAAAUGCACGAGGAUGUGAGACACGAGGAGGGAGAGAGGGACUUGCCUGAGAGACUCGCUCGUUGGGCUAAAAUUUCCACAUAUUUUCCCCCGUAAAUCACACACACAUGAGAUAGAGGAGGAGGAUGCGCUCUACACUCCUAGAUCCAGAGCCACGAGGAUGGCAGAGGGUUAUAAUCACUGGUGCCCGAUUUGACAGCCUGACAGAGCAAGAACGAGCUGUCAAGAAGGACCAGAGAAGCAACACCUUGUUCAGCUUUACCAAGAGACGCACAAGAUCCUUUCAGAAGCAUGCAGAACGCGUCAAGGGUCGUAAUUUGAUGGGAAUUGCUUAUAAUAAAUAUUUUUGGUCAAUGGGGAGAUGGACUUUGCUUGCAUCCGCGUGGGAAAGCCUAAUCCCCAGUCACGAGCAUAGGGUGUCAGGCCAAGCCGCCAAACCUUCCAAGUCACUUGUCCAGUCGACAUGAAAUUCAGACUGACAACAGAUGCUCAGUUUUUAGAGGUCAAGGCUUUGGAGGAUGCCCACAGUCAUCCACUGCACAAG